CGGGGUUUGUAAUGCUCUAUAUUCUGUAUCGACCCCAGAAAAACAGCAAUCAGAUCGGUUCCGGGUCUCCGAUUGAGACAUGCGAUUGAUGCAAGAGAACGCUGGAUUUCCUUCCUCUGCGCGCGCUUGUUCCAGAGAUCGCUUCCUUCUGUCUACAUCCGUAUGUAAUGAUCCGCUGUCAGGAUCACGAAUACCGAAAGUACUAUGAUUGUUACUCUGGCCAAGGCUGUCCAAUAUGGUGGCAGACAGUAUUAUUGAGAUCAUGAAUCCAGCUGUGGGGAAUCACGAAUCGCAUUGGGGAGCGUACGUGGCGUCUGGAGAAGGAUUUGUAUUUUGUGAUCUAUUUCAAGAUGGUAUUGGCGAUGAUCCUGAUAUUCUGCUAGCGGCCCUUUUUUUUUUUUUUUUCCCUCUUUUGGCGGCCUUUCUCUGCUGCGGUCACGUUGUCAGGGGAGUAGUCCGGAUACGUUCUGUAUACUCUGCCCGGUGUGAUUGUAGUCAACAAUCACUGUGCGAUAAUAAUUCUCCUGUUGGACCGCCAAUGUCAAUGUUUUCUUUUCCCGCCUCAAUUUCAUGCUCCCGCAUGCGCCAUGCCCACAACACCCACGCACCAUCAGGUACUAGUUUGAAGUCUAGCAUGUAUAUACACCGGGCACCAACGGGAUGGUUUUCGGGCACAAUUUGGAAUCAACGCAACAAAUUUCCGUAUCACUGUUUUCUCUUUUUGUUUUUAAAAGUCCCAACAAUUGGAAUUAACUUCUCGGGAACCCACACAAGACUGACCGGUCCACCGGGUUCCUGAGCAAAGACCCAGCGUUCAAUCAAUGUCAUUAAAACAGCUGUAUGGAGACGGAUUGGGAGAGGAUAGACAGGUGGAGGGUUCAGCGGCAUCCACUUGGUUUCUCUGGGGAUCACGAUCCGGAAGUUUAAGCGGAUCCAAUCCCAGCAGCUAUCCAGGU